CGGGAACGCAAAAUUCAUUCUCCUUAAACCCUUCCAAAAGCCCUGCAGCUCCUCUGACGCUGAGCGUUCGGGUGCUCGCGAUAUCUUCUAGAUCGAGCAAUGUCUAUGGUCUGAAAUCGAACUAGAAGGGCGACCCAACAAUGGCGUACAGAGCACAACACAUGUUUCGGGCUCUUCUCAGGACCUCGCAUGAUCGAGGACUUUCACAACUGCUUGGGAGCUCAAGGACCUAUUCACGCGUGAUUCAAAAUGUUCCUGAGUUUAAUUGCCGGGGUAUUUCGUCUUUCUCACAUAAGGGGCAGAGUACUUUUGUUUUGACUCGUGCAAGUGCCUUGAGUCUUCAGAAUAAAAAGAGUGCCGAAUUCUUAAUUUUUUCGAAUUGGGCAAGGUUUAUGACGACACAAGUAAAAGCUCCUCCACAAGCUCAACGGAUGGGUGGUCUUCAAGUCACCAUGUUGAGUCCAGGGAUUGUCUAUGAACCAUAUGCCCUGCGCGAACCGAUUCCAUUUUGGAAGAGAUGGUUCACUCGGACUGGUUGGCGGAGAACCAAGGAGGAUAUCAUCUUAGAGCUUAAAAGUGCAUAUGCCGUCGCUAAGUUAAGGAAGUCCGGAUACUCAAAAAAUGAGUUCUAUAAGGAGGCCAUAAAGUUAUAUAAGGAGAUAAAUUAUCUAUUAGCCCACGGUGAUAAAAAGUUGUUGAGGAAGGCAGUUACAGAGAAGAUGUACUCUACUCUUAAAAAUGACAUUAAGAUGAGGGAAUCCAUGUGGAGUAAGGUUUAUUGGGAAAUGAUUGAACCAGUUGUGAAGAUACGAACUUUGCGAGCGAGGCUGAUUGGUGUUGACCGGAAGGACAUCAACAAAGUUUUCAUUCAGCUUACUCUUGAGUUCAUGACUAAGCAGAAGUUUGAAGCAUAUGAUUCCAAUGGUAAUGUGGUGGCAGGCGAUAAAAAUAAGGAGGUCCUUGUGCGGGAUAUCUGGGUAUUCGAGAAAUCCCUCUUCCACCCUGGAUCUUACUGGCGUCUUUGUGGGAAGAUCGUAUUAUAACCAGACUAUUGUCAGUUAGAAACUGGUUGAGGGGAUAUUCGAAAAGAAGUGGUCGCCGAUUGUUGGAAACUUCCCAGGCUGAUACUUCUCCCGGAGAAGAAGCUUGUAGCGAUAUCCAUUUUGAUAUUUGAUGGCGAGAUCUAGACUUUGCAUUAUCCUUUCAUAGGGUCAUUAUUGUAUGCUUUCGAGUGCAUAUCUUUUUUUAAUCAUAUCAACAAUCAUCACUACGGUUUUGCGGCGUUGUUGUCCGAAGUUCAUCUUCUGUACCAGGGAAAUAAAUGAGAAAUUGUUCUUUGCAUACCAUUGUCUGUCUUUCACAUGGUUCUUUAGUUCC